CCGGGCCGAUCCCCCAAUCCCUUUUCGCUAGCGGGCGCCAUGCCGCAGCCCGUUCGCUUCGUGAUUGUCGGCAGUGGCGCUUCUUCAAGCCUCCCCAAUUUGAGGCAUGUGCUCCAGCCAGAGGCGAAAUGCCCAGUGUGCUUGGAGGCUUGGGAGAAUCCAGAGUCCAAAAACCGCCGCGGCAAUCCAUGUAUGCUGGUGACGGUCCGCGAGCCCAAACCGCAGCAUCUCUUGGUGGAUUGCGGAAAGACGUUCGAAGAAGCUGUUCGCAGGCACUUCCGGAAGCUGGGGGUGAAAGGAGUCAACGCGGUCCUCUUGACGCAUGGCCAUGCCGAUGCGAUCUUGGGACUGGAUAGCUUGCGCGAGGUCCAACUGGCGCGGGAACCUCCAGACCAAUGGGUCUUGAAGGCCAAAACGCCCAUCAUCGCCUCCAGCGACACGGUGAAAGAGGUAUGGAGCCAUUUUCAUUAUAUGUUGCCGGAGGGCAGUGGUUCUCCAUCCCUGCGCCGGCGUUCCAGUCUUGCCAGGAUCGUCACUGGCUUGGCACCACAUCGCGUGAAGGACUUCCAGAAGUUUCUGGCGCUGCCAGGAUUGCAAGUGCAAUGUCUCCCCGUCUUGCACGGGGGUACCUAUGUGUGCUUGGGCUUCCGCUUUGGCGCCAAGGGUGAAUUUGUAUAUCUCUCAGACGUCAGCAAAGUUCCUGACGACACCAUGAAGAUCCUCAAAUCCACCCGUGCAGAGGUCUUGGUGGUGGAUGCCCUGCUCAAAACAGGACCCAACUAUUCGCACUUUGGUCUCCCACAAGCCUUAGAUUUGAUCCGAGAGCUGCGCCCCCAACGGGCCUAUCUCAUCGGCAUGUCUUGUCAAUUUGAUCACUUUCACGACAAUCAGCAGCUUUUUAAACUUCAAUCUGAAGGUCUCCAUGUGGAAUUGAGUUACGAUGGCUUAGAGGUUGAAGUGAACCUUUCGGUGGAUGCCGAUGUCAAGCCUUUAGACGAGGAGCCAGCGGAACUGGAGUUACCUCCACCUCCUCCAAGGAAAAGCCUUCUUGGGAGCGUGGUGCAACGGCUCUGCGGUUCCUGGUAAUCAACACGCGGCGGAGUAUCCCAAGUGUGCUGGUGUGACGCGCCGCAGACUUUUUGGCAGAAGAGCUUGAGAACGACGAGUCGCCUGAGAUGCGGCUGCCACAAGAAUGCAAAAGGGGCCA